CCAACAUUUCAUCUGCACCACCGUCACAGAAGGCUACCUAUUCUGCAUCUUCCAUUCCUCGUCCUUCGCCCUGCUUCCGAACCUCACAUUCUUAAGCAUUGGCUUCCUGCAGCCUCGAGCUUCUGUCUCCAACUUCUUAAUUGAAGAGAAUUUCCUUGUGCGAAAAAUGGUCGACACCGCCGCUUCUCCGGCCACGGAGUCGAAAUCGAAGAAUGCCAUUGUGAAGCCUGAGAAGCCCGAUGAGGAAGCGUUCAAGAAGCGCUCUGCCGAAUUGGAGAAGGCGCAUAAGGCCAAACAAGAUGCUCUGAAAGCGGUCAAGGACAAGCUCGACCUUGCAAAGCCGAAGGAAGGCUCCCCCGUCGAUACGAGACGAAAGGAACUUCUUGCGCAACUCGCUGAGAUCCGCAAGAUUCAGGCUGGUGGCAAGGAGUCGCGACAAGCAAUCAUGGACAAGAUCAAGCGUCUUGAUGAGCAGGUCAAGUCGAGAAUACAGGAACAAAAGAAUGCCAAGAGCAAAGUUCCAUACAAGUCUGUGGAUGAAAUUGACAGGCAGAUCGCACAAUUGCAGAAGCAGGUCGACGGGGGAAUGAUGAAACUCGUUGACGAGAAGAAGGCGUUGAAUGAGAUCAGCCAACUGAAUCGCGCGAAGAAAAGCUUUGGCAGCUUCGACCAGUCACAGAAGAGUAUUGAUGAGCUGAAGAAUCAAAUCGCGGAACUAAAGAAGAGCUUGGAUGAUCCAGAGGCCAAGGCAUUGUCGGAAAAGUACAAUUCCAUCCAGAACGAGCUGAAUAAAAUCAAGAGCGACCAAGAUGAGGUCUACAAGAACCUCAACUCUCUGCGAGACCAGCGGACAAAACUUCAAGCAGAGCAACAGGAGGCCUGGAACGCACUCAAGGCCUACAAAGACGAGCACUACGAGAAGAAGCGCGCGUAUCGUGAGUAUGAGAAUGAGGCCUACCGUAUCCGCCGGGAGAAGCAGAAGAAAGAGCAGGAAGAAUACUAUGCUAGCAAGCGGCGGGAAGCUGCGCAGAAACGACUGGAGGAGGCUUCUGCGCCAGCUUACCAGGACGAGAUCAUGACCGCCGAAGGCUUGAUUCGCUACUUCGACCCAAGCUCCGCACCAGCCAAGGAGGCUGCUGCUCCUGGGAAAUAUGCUGCUGCGGCGCAGCGCACAGUCAACGAUGACGCUUUCAAGGGUAUGAAGGUCGUAAAGAAGGAUGACGAAGACUUUAUGAACCUUGGUGGAGGCAAAAAGAAGAAAGGCGGUAAGAAAGGUGGUGCUGCUUCAGCGACUGAAAAAUUCAACCUCAAUAUUGGCGUCCUCGAAGAUUUGAGCAAGGUCAAGGUUGAUGCGCCAUCGAGCCAGGCGGAUGUCCCUCACGUUGUUGAGCAGCUAAAGGAGAAGAUCGCACAAUGGAAAGCCGAUCAGGAUAGGAAAACACAAGAAAACAUUGCCAAAGCCAAGAAAGAGAUUGAGAAGCUCGAGGCCGAGGCUCAAGCCGGUGGCGAAGGUUCCACGGACCACGCAAGGAAGCCGGCGCAGAAGAACGCUGGUCUCAACGGUCAUGCGAGUGCCGAAGCCGAGCUUGCUCAGGAGAAAGAUGCCAUUGCCGACGCAGCUAAAGAGCUUGCUGAGGCAAAGAUCGAGGACAACGCAUAGACCAGUUGUCGUAGCACUGGUAUCACCGCAUCCACUCAUUUUCUCACUAGCAUCCUCUUGAUCUCAAUCGUCCCUUUUUCAAACUCAAACACCUGACGACAUGUAUGAAAAGCCAUGGACUAUGUAUGCGCGCUUCGGGCAUUCUUCAGGCACAUAUUCUUUAAAAAAACAACCUGCCAAGUUUCUUUUAUAUCUUCGGAACUUUAUCUUGCAAGCGAUGACCAGAUCUGCGAAUGCGCCAGCAGCUCUCUCACUGGUCAAAACGUUAUUCUGGGCUAGAUUAGGAUGUCAUCCUCAAUGCUUCGCACAAUAAGUGCGGGCAAUGCUCGUGGUAGACAUAGGUCACAAAAUUUGCACUUGAAAAGUUUCAUUCACUAAAAUCAUUUUUUUGUCUUGCAUAUAAUUUUGGUCCCUUCCGGCUCAGUACUUUGAAUCCACCAUUCUCGUCAUGCAUGGCUACGAUCAUGACUAACGGUUAUGGCUGACGAACACAACUAUUAAGUAUGGAGUUUCUUCGCCUCGACUCCUUCAGGAAGAUACACCUCUGUCAGAUCAUACAAGGCAUUGCCGGCUUCGAUCAUAGCAAGCGAUUGGCGAUAUAUCUUGAUUCUUUUGUCC